UUCGUGCAUCGCCACUAUGCACCUCAUCCCUGAUGUCUGUGUAAUGUUGGUGAGUGUCAGUGAGGACCUACCUUGGGGGUGGAGCUGAGGCGUCUCACCAAUUAUUCAACGUCAGUUACUCAUUUAUAUCAUCACGUCAUUCAAUUUAUCGUUGUAACAGAGUUCAACAGUGCUGUAAAUCGACGGAAUCACUAAGAACAGGUUAUCGGCCAAUCGGCCAAGAUGACGGCGGACAAGGUCACUCUGGGCGAUGCCUUAUCCAAUGUAGAUGUUCUCGACGAGUUCACCCUCCCGGAUGAGCAGCCCUGCAUCGAAGCCCAGCCAUGCUCGGUAGUCUACCAAGCCAACUUCGACACCAACUUCGAAGACAGAAAUGGCUUUGUCACUGGAAUAGCCAAGUACAUAGAAGAAGCGACUGUCCACGCCAGCCUCAAUGAACUUCUGGAGGAAGGUCUCGAGCACGCGGUGAUGCUUUACACUUGGAGAUGCUGCUCUCGUGCAAUUCCACAGCCCAAGUCCAACGAGCAACCGAAUCGUGUUGAAAUUUACGAAAAAACUGUUGAAGUUCUUGCCCCCGAGGUCAACAAACUCCUGAAUUUCAUGUACUUCCAGCGAAAGGCGAUUGAACGUUUCUCAGCUGAGGUGAAGCGUCUCUGUCACCAGGAGAAACGUAAGGACUUCGUGUCGGAGGCCUAUCUCCUCACCCUGGGUAAAUUCAUCAACAUGUUCGCAGUUCUCGACGAACUGAAAAAUAUGAAGUCCAGCGUGAAGAACGAUUACUCGACCUAUCGUCGAGCAGCUCAAUUCCUCAAAGUUAUGUCAGACUCCCAAACACUCCAAGAAUCCCAGAACCUCUCGAUGUUCCUUGCGACCCAGAAUAAAAUUCGUGAUACAGUGAAGGAAAAUCUGGAGAAAAUCCCUGGCUACGAGGAACUGCUGGCAGACGUGGUGAACAUCUGUGUUCACAUGUUCGAGACGAAAAUGUAUUUGCCACCGAAUGAGAAACACAUGUUGGUAAAAGUCAUGGGUUUUGGAUUAUUCUUGAUGGACAGUGAGCUCUGUAACAUCAAUAAACUGGACCAAAAAAAGAAGAUCAAGAUCGACAAAAUUGAUAGGAUUUUUAAGAACCUCGAGGUUGUACCGUUAUUCGGAGACAUGCAAAUAGCUCCAUUCAACUACAUCAAACGUUCGAAGCACUUUGACUCGUCCAGAUGGCCUUUAUCAGCCUCCUCCAACAGCAUGAGUCCCCAGGCAGACCUGAUGGUGCAUCUCCCCCAAAUUCGUGAAGACCACGUCAAAUACAUCUCUGAGCUGGCUAAAUACUCCAACGAAGUGACAACAACUUACAAAGAGUGCGGAAGUGACUCGGAGAAUCGAGAUACAGCAGAACUAGCCCUGCGAGGUCUUCAACUAUUGUCACAAUGGACAAGUGUAGUUACAGAGUUGUACAGUUGGAAGCUUCUGCAUCCCACUGACCAUCACAUGAACAAGGAGUGCCCUCAAGAGGCCGAAGAGUACGAGCGUGCAACAAGAUACAACUACACGGAUGAAGAAAAAUUUGCGCUGAUCGAAGUGAUAGCUAUGAUCAAGGGUUUGCAGGUACUGAUGGCUCGAAUGGAGACGGUCUUUAUCGAUGCAAUUCGACGGAAUAUUUACGCUGAACUGCAGGACUUUGUUCAGCUGAUGCUACGAGAGCCUCUGCGGAAAGCAAUCAAGAACAAAAAAGAUCUCAUCAGAAGUAUCAUCGUUUCAGUGAGAGAGACCUGUGCCGAUUGGCACUUCGGUGUUGAACCAUUGAGUGAUCCUGCACUGAAGGGUAAAAAAGAUCCCGAUAAUGGAUUUGGAAUCAAAGUCCCGAGGAGAAAUGUAGGACCAUCGUCAACCCAACUUUACAUGGUUCGUACAAUGCUAGAGUCUCUGAUUGCUGAUAAAAGUGGUGGCAAGAGAACACUGAGAAAAGAUAUCGAUGGAACAUAUCUAAUGCAGAUUGACACAUUCCAUAAGACCAGUUUCUACUGGAGUUAUCUCCUCAACUUCAGUGAAUCCCUUCAAAAUUGUUGUGAUUUAUCGCAGCUCUGGUACAGAGAAUUUUAUCUCGAGAUGACGAUGGGAAGGAAAAUUCAUAAAUGUCAGGUACGUCAUCAGCACAAUGAGGAGUGCAGCGAUCUGAUAACAAUGGAAAAGAGAAUUCAAUUUCCCAUUGAGAUGUCGAUGCCCUGGAUUCUGACUGAUCACAUUUUGAGAAGCAAAGAGCCCUCCAUGAUGGAGUACGUUCUUUAUCCCCUGGAUUUAUACAAUGACAGUGCAUUAUAUGCCCUGACAAUUUUCAGAAAGCAAUUUCUGUACGAUGAAGUUGAAGCAGAAGUUAAUUUAUGCUUCGAUCAAUUUGUGUAUAAACUGAGUGAGCAGAUAUUCGCUCAUUACAAGCAACUGGCAUCGAGUAUUCUCCUUGACAAGAGAUUCCGAGUUGAGUGUGUAGCACUGGGAGCUUAUUUGCUUCCUUAUCCAAGAGCUAAUCGUUACGAAACUCUCCUGAAACAGCGACACGUGCAGCUACUUGGAAGAAGCAUAGAUUUGAACAAAUUGAUCACCCAAAGGAUCAAUGCGGACAUGCAAAAAUCCCUGGAUCUAGCCAUAUCGAAAUUCGAAUCCGGUGAUAUUACAGGUGUCGUUGAGCUCGAUGGACUCCUUCAGGUGAACAGGUUAACUCACAAAUUGCUGAGCAAACAUUUAGCCCUUGACGAGUACGACGCAAUGUUUCGAGAAGCCAAUCACAAUGUUCUCGCUCCCUAUGGACGAAUAACUCUUCACGUAUUUUGGGAGCUUAACUACGACUUUCUACCUAAUUACUGUUACAACGCUGCGACUAACAGAUUCGUCAAGUGUCGAGGAAUUCAAUUUGUCCAGCCUGUGCACAGGGACAAGCCUCCACAAAUGUCCCAUCAUUAUUUGUGGGGAAGCAAGCAGCUCAAUCUUGCUUACAGCACUCAGUUUGGCCAGUACACCGGCUUUGUUGGUCCUCACCACUUCCGGAUGAUGUGCAAACUGCUCGGUUAUCAAGGAAUUGCAGUUGUCAUGGAGGAAUUACUGAAGAUUGUCAAGAGCUUGAUACAGGGUAGUUUGCUUCAGUUCACGAAGACACUUAUGGAAGCUAUGCCCAAGGUCUGCAAGCUUCCUAGGUACGAUUAUGGCUCCCCAGGAGUUCUCGGCUAUUACUCAGCUCAGCUAAAUGAUAUCGUUCAGUAUCCUGAUGCCAAGACUGAGUUGUUCCAUAAUUUUCGAGAAUUUGGUAAUACCAUUCUGUUCUGUUUACUGAUGGAACAGGCGUUGUCACAGGAAGAGGUCUGUGAUCUUCUCCAUGCUGCGCCUUUUCAGAAUAUUUUGCCGAGACCUCACUGCAAAGACGGGGAAAAGCCGGAGACAAAGCAAAAGAGGCUGGAGGCAAAGUAUGCAGCUCUGCAGAUUGUGCCAAAUGUUGAUAAACUGGGGACAGCCAAGCAAGCAAUGAUUGCUAGGGAGGGAGACCUGUUGACGCGAGAGAGGCUGUGCUGUGGGCUCAGCAUAUUUGAGGUGGUGUUGAGCAGACUUAAGAGCUUUUUAGAUGAUCCCAUUUGGGUUGGACCACCUCCUGCCAAUGGAGUGAUGAACAUCGAUGAGUGCACGGAAUUUCAUAGGCUCUGGAGUGCUCUGCAAUUUGUGUAUUGCAUUCCAGUUGGAGACACAGAGUUCACAGUCGAGGAGCUCUUUGGGGAGGGACUACAUUGGGCUGGAUGUGCCAUGAUUGUGCUGUUGGGACAGCAGAGACGAUUUGAGGCUCUUGAUUUCUGUUAUCAUAUUUUGAGGGUACAACGGGUCGAUGGAAAGGAUGAGAACGUGAAAGGAAUUCAUCUGAAGAGAAUGGUGGACAGAAUCCGAAGAUUUCAAGUAUUAAACUCCCAGAUAUUCGCUGUAUUAAACAAAUACUUGAAGAGUGGUGACAGCGACUCAACGAGUGUUGAACACGUCCGCUGCUUUCCACCCCCGAUACAUCCAUCCCUCGCCCACACCCAGCAGCAUUAUCAUGCCCCCGAGUACCUUCGCCAAAUGAAUCACCAAUAGAUUUGUUCUAGUUUAAUUUUCUAAUUAUUUAUAACUGAAUGCACUGAUACGAUAACUAACACUCAACUACUAUUGUGAAGUUGUUCCGCAGAAUUAACGAUUUUGAGGAGUAGGUGGAGGUGAUAGAAUCAUCCUCCAAAAUCAUUGGAAAAUGAGGCUCAAACAUUUUAGAAUUUUUCAUCGAACAGGGGAGAAGACAACAAGAGUAGGAGAGAUAUAUAUUCAAGUUUUUUUUUUGAAUAAUAAUAUAUGCAAUAUAUCAGUAUGAUACAUUAUGUCAUUUUGUAUGAACAAUUAUAAUAAUUGUAAUGAAAAAAGUCGUAAUACAAAGAAUCUUUGAUUUUUA